AUGGAAAGUUUUUCCUCUAAAGGAGUAGAAUAUCAAGAUUUCCACUAUGUUGAUAAGUUUUUUAUAGAGGGAUCAUCAUCAAGUGCCUUCUUUGGACUUCCAACCCCAUGCUUCGAUGCAUUUCAAGCUUAUGCAAAUAGAUCUACUUCUUCAAGAGAUCUUAGUAAUGGAAAUGAAAAUGGAAUACAAUAUGAUUUCCGUAAGGGCAUUAGAGGCCUUUUGGAUAAUCAUCCUACUCAUCAUAAUUAUCAAAUAACUAAUCUAGCCCAUGCAGAGCAAAACUUACAAAUAUUUCCUCCAUUGGUUAAUUCUCAAGGAUUUCGAUCUAUCAACGCUUGCAGAGUGCCUCAUGAUCACUUUUCAUGUGUUACUAUGGGAAAUGGGCAUUAUAUGAAAGUUGAUCCAAAGGAAAAGGAGAGACUACAUGCAAAAGGCAAAGGCAAUGAUCAUGAGAAAUCCAAUAUAGUUAAAGGCCAAUGGGCUCCUGAAGAAGACAGGAUCUUGGUGCAGUUGGUAGAACAGUAUGGGGUGAAGAAAUGGUCUCAUAUUGCUCAAAUGCUAAAUGGAAGAGUUGGGAAGCAAUGCAGAGAGAGAUGGCACAAUCAUUUAAAGCCUAACAUUAAGAAGGAUACGUGGACCGAGGAAGAGGACAAGAUAUUAGUUCAAGCCCACAUAGAUUUGGGAAAUAAAUGGGCAGAAAUCGCUAAAAGUUUGCCGGGAAGAACUGAGAACACCAUAAAGAAUCAUUGGAAUGCAACCAAAAGAAGGCAAUCUUCGAAGCGUAAAAGCCGAAAACAUCCCAUGAACUCAUUGUUACAGAACUAUAUCAAAAGUGUGAUAAAUUCUUCUUCAACAAAAAAGGAUGACAAGAAAUGCCCAUACUCAGAAUUUAACAUGAAAGGGGUGGUUGAUCAUGCAACGAGUCCACCAAAACUUCGACAAGAAGACAUGGAUUUCAGCUUUGGCGAUCAACGAUCCUUUGUCCCAACAAAUAAUUACUAUUUUUUCAAUGAUGAGACGAAAGAAUUUCAUUAUGACAAAAACAUGUUCUUAAGAAAAUGCAGUAGUUUUGGGGAUAUGGCUGGUGGCCAUGAGAUGCCUCGUGGUUCUAUGGUUGAUGAAAGCAACAAUAUGGACUUCAAUGCGUCAAUUGAAAUGGAUAAUCAGAGUGAAGUGAAGAAGGAGAUGGAUUUGUUGGAGAUGCUCUCUCAAAGAAGGCUUUAA